CCCAGGUUCUAGAUCUGGGAUCAGUGAUCAUUUUCUCCCUGUAACAAUAUCUGAUGUUUAUAUUGGAGGGAAAAGUUUCCAGCGUUCUAGCGGGAUCUCCCCUAAGCCAGAGUUCUUUCCCCUUCCCUUUGCCCCAUCCCCUCCCAUGGGAUUUGGCCUGAAGGGACUCUCCAGUCCAGACCCCUGCUCCCCUCCUUGUCUGGCUAACGCCUGAAUCCAAACUUAGCUAUGAUUCCUAAGCCAGUUCCCUUUCUCUGGCGCUUCAGGAAAUUCCCUCACUUUUCACCCUCCCAGACACCCUCGAUUCAGGCUAUUUUUGUUCCCCAGCCCACCCAUAUUAAGUGUAAAGUUUGAGAAACAGAAAUGGGUGAUGAACCAUAACCCCGCCUCUCCACUGGCUAGCUCCUUCCUAAGAGGGUGCCCACUUCCACAGCUAAAGGAUGAGGAGAGCAGUUAGCUCCCCCAAACCCCCUUUUUUCUGGAUGUUUCAAAAUAUAAUGAUUAAAGUCCCGGAGGAGAGUGACUCUGAACAAAUGUCAGCAGGUAUGUUCCUGACAAUGGAAGUCAAGGCAGAUGAGGGAGACCCCUCCAGCCGCCCCAGAAAUCCCAGCUCCAGAGCUCUCACCCCUCGUGUUUUCUCUCUCUCCCCAGGCCUGUCCAGCAGCCCUGAAUGUGCAUGUGGCCGCAGCCAUUUCACAUGUGCAGUGAGCGCUUUGGGAGAGUGCACCUGCAUCCCGGCUCAGUGGCAGUGUGACGGUGACAAUGACUGCGGGGACCAUAGCGAUGAGGAUGGCUGUAUGCUCCCCACCUGUUCCCCUCUGGAUUUCCACUGUGACAACGGGAAAUGUAUCCGCCGGUCCUGGGUAUGUGACGGCGACAAUGACUGUGAGGACGACUCUGAUGAGCAGGACUGCCCCCCUCGGGAGUGUGAGGAGGAUGAGUUCCCCUGUCAGAACGGCUAUUGUAUCCGAAGCCUGUGGCACUGUGAUGGAGACAAUGAUUGUGGGGACAACAGUGAUGAGCAGUGUGAUAUGCGCAAGUGCUCGGAGAAGGAAUUCCGCUGUAGUGACGGCAGCUGCAUCGCGGAACAUUGGUACUGUGACGGGGACACGGAUUGUAAGGACGGAUCCGACGAGGAGAGCUGCCCCUCGGCAGUUCCCGCUCCCCCCUGCAACCUGGAAGAAUUCCAGUGUGCCUAUGGCCGAUGCAUCCUGGACAUCUACCACUGUGAUGGGGAUGACGAUUGUGGAGAUUGGUCCGAUGAGUCAGACUGCUCCUCCCACCAGCCCUGCCGCUCGGGGGAGUUCAUGUGUGACAGCGGCCUCUGCAUCAAUGCCGGCUGGCGCUGCGAUGGGGAUGCGGACUGUGACGACCAAUCCGACGAGCGCAAUUGCACCACAUCCAUGUGCACGGCAGAGCAGUUCCGUUGUACGUCUGGCCGCUGUGUCCGGUUGUCUUGGCGUUGUGAUGGGGAGGAUGAUUGCUCAGACAACAGUGAUGAAGAAAAUUGUGAAAACACAGGAAGCCCUCAGUGUGCCUCCGAUCAGUUCUUAUGUGGGAAUGGGCGCUGUAUUGGACAGAGAAAGCUAUGUAAUGGUGUCAAUGACUGCGCUGACAAUAGUGACGAGAGCCCUCAGCAAAAUUGCCGGCCUCGGACGGGUCAGGAGAACUGCAAUGUCAACAAUGGUGGUUGUGCCCAGAAGUGCCAGAUGCUUCGGGGAGCGGUGCAGUGUACCUGUCACACCGGCUACAGACUCAUGGAGGAUGGCCGUUCAUGCCACGAUGUGAAUGAGUGUGCAGAGGAGGGCUAUUGUAGCCAGGGAUGUACUAACAGCGAUGGAGCAUUCCAGUGUUGGUGUGAGGCUGGCUAUGAACUCCGACCUGAUCGGCGAAGCUGCAAGGCCCUGGGGCCGGAGCCCGUGCUGCUCUUCGCCAAUCGGAUUGACAUCCGGCAGGUGCUGCCGCACCGCUCCGAGUACACACUGUUACUCAACAACCUGGAGAAUGCCAUCGCUCUUGAUUUCCACCACCGGCGGGAACUUGUCUUCUGGUCAGAUGUCACCCUGGACCGCAUCCUCCGAGCCAACCUCAAUGGCAGCAAUGUGGAGGAGGUGGUGUCGACAGGCCUGGAAAGUCCAGGGGGGCUGGCCAUCGACUGGCUCCAUGACAAACUGUACUGGACAGACUCAGGCACUUCUAGGAUUGAGGUGGCCAACUUGGAUGGUGCCCAUCGGAAAGUGUUGCUGUGGCAGAACCUGGAGAAGCCCCGGGCCAUUGCCUUGCACCCCAUGGAGGGGACCAUUUAUUGGACAGACUGGGGCAAUACCCCUCGCAUUGAGGCCUCCAGCAUGGAUGGUUCAGGGCGGCGCAUCAUUGCGGAUACUCACCUUUUUUGGCCCAACGGGCUCACAAUUGACUACGCCGGACAUCGAAUGUACUGGGUAGAUGCCAAACACCAUGUGAUUGAGCGAGCUGACCUGGAUGGAAGUAACCGCAAAGCUGUCAUUAGCCAAGGCCUCCCGCAUCCCUUUGCCAUCACGGUGUUUGAGGAUAGCCUCUACUGGACGGACUGGCACACCAAGAGCAUCAACAGUGCCAACAAAUUCACUGGAAAGAACCAGGAGAUCAUCCGUAAUAAACUGCACUUCCCCAUGGAUAUCCACACGCUGCACCCCCAGCGCCAGCCAGCAGGGAGAAACCGCUGUGGGAACAACAAUGGAGGCUGCACCCACUUGUGCCUGCCCAGCGGCCAGAAUUACACCUGUGCCUGCCCCACUGGCUUCCGCAAGACCAGCAGCCACACCUGUGCUCAGAGUCUUGACAAGUUCCUGCUUUUUGCCCGAAGGAUGGACAUCCGUCGGAUCAGCUUCGACACGGAGGACCUGUCCGACGAUGUCAUCCCACUGGCUGACGUGCGCAGUGCCGUGGCUCUCGACUGGGACUCCCGCGACGACUAUGUGUACUGGACCGACGUUAGCACCGACACCAUCAGCCGGGCCAAGUGGGAUGGAACGGGGCAAGAGGUGGUAGUAGACACAAGUUUGGAGAGCCCCGCUGGCCUGGCCAUUGAUUGGGUCACCAAUAAACUGUACUGGACUGACGCAGGCACAGACCGAAUCGAAGUGGCCAACACAGAUGGUACCAUGAGGACAGUACUGAUCUGGGAAAAUCUGGAUCGCCCUCGGGACAUUGUGGUAGAACCCAGGGGCGGGUUCAUGUAUUGGACUGACUGGGGUGCAAGCCCCAAGAUCGAGAGAGCUGGCAUGGAUGCCUCGGGCCGUCAAGUCAUCAUCUCUUCCAACCUGACCUGGCCCAACGGACUGGCCAUCGACUAUGGCUCCCAGAGACUCUACUGGGCCGAUGCUGGCAUGAAGACCAUAGAGUUUGCUGGGCUGGAUGGGAGCAAGAGAAAGGUGCUGAUAGGAACCCAGCUUCCACAUCCUUUUGGGCUGACCCUCUAUGGAGAGCGUAUCUACUGGACCGACUGGCAGACCAAGAGCAUCCAGAGUGCAGACCGGCUGACGGGUCUGGACCGUGAAACACUACAAGAGAACCUGGAGAACCUCAUGGACAUCCAUGUCUUCCAUCGGCUAAGGCCCCCAGUGCACACUCCCUGUGCUGUAGAUAAUGGGGGCUGCAGUCACCUAUGUCUUCGAUCCCCACAUCCCAAAGGUUACAGCUGCACCUGUCCCACGGGCAUCAACCUUCUGCCCGAUGGCAAGACUUGUUCAUCUGGCAUGAGAAGCUUCUUGAUCUUCGCCAGGAGAAUAGACAUCCGUAUGGUCUCCCUGGACAUCCCAUACUUUGCUGAUGUUGUGGUGCCGGUCAACAUCACCAUGAAGAAUACUAUUGCCAUUGGGGUGGACCCCCAGGAAGGAAAGGUUUACUGGUCAGACAGCACGUUACGUAGGAUCAGCCGGGCCAACCUGGAUGGCUCCCAGCAUGAGGACAUAAUCACCACAGGAUUACAGACCACCGACGGGCUGGCAGUGGAUGCCAUUGGCCGCAAGGUGUAUUGGACAGACACGGGAACCAAUCGGAUUGAAGUGGGCAACCUUGAUGGGUCCAUGAGGAAGGUGUUGGUGUGGCAGAACCUGGACAGCCCACGGGCCAUUGUGCUGUACCAUGAGAUGGGGUCUAUGUACUGGACAGACUGGGGGGAGAAUGCGAAGCUGGAGCGUGCCGGGAUGGACGGCUCAGACCGCACGGUGCUCAUUAGCAACAACCUGGGCUGGCCCAAUGGGCUGACAGUGGACAAGGAGGGCUCCCAGCUGCUCUGGGCGGAUGCCCACACUGAGCGCAUCGAGGCCGCCGACCUCAAUGGAGCCAAUCGGCGCACACUGGUAUCACCUGUUCAGCAUCCCUACGGCCUCACCCUGCUCGACUCUUACAUCUACUGGACGGACUGGCAGACCCGGAGCAUCCACCGUGCAGACAAGGGCACGGGGAGCAACGUUAUCCUGGUGCGAGCCAACCUUCCUGGUCUCAUGGACAUCCAAGCUGUGGACCGACAAUGGCCGCUGGGCACAAACAAAUGUGGCCCAAAGAAUGGUGGCUGCUCUCACCUGUGUCUGCCCACACCUUCUGGCUUCUCCUGCGCCUGCCCCACGGGCAUCCAGCUGAAGGGGGACGGGAAGACCUGUGACCCCUCCCCAGAGACCUACCUGCUCUUCUCCAGCCGGGGCUCCAUCAGACGCAUCUCUCUGGACACCAACGACCACACGGACGUGCACGUGCCCGUGCCGGAGCUCAACAACGUCAUUUCCCUGGACUAUGAUAGUGUGGACGGGAAGGUUUAUUACACGGAUGUCUUCCUGGAUGUCAUCAGGCGAGCCGACCUGAAUGGCAGUAACAUGGAGACCGUGAUUGGGCGCGGGCUUAAGACCACUGAUGGCCUAGCAGUAGACUGGGUGGCCAGGAACCUGUACUGGACGGACACGGGUCGGAACACCAUCGAGGCCUCGAGGCUGGACGGCUCCUGCCGGAAGGUGCUGAUCAACAACAGCCUGGAUGAGCCCAGGGCCAUUGCUGCCUUCCCCAGAAAGGGGUACCUCUUCUGGACAGACUGGGGCCAUCUGGCCAAGAUCGAGCGGUCAAACCUGGAUGGCUCCGAGAGGAAAUUACUCAUCAACACAGAUUUGGGCUGGCCCAACGGCCUCACCCUGGACUACGAUACCCGAAGGAUCUACUGGGUGGAUGCUCACUUGGACCGGAUUGAAAGCGCUGACCUCAAUGGGAAGCUGCGGCAAGUCUUGGUCAGCCAUGUGUCCCAUCCGUUUGCUCUCACCCAGCAAGACAGAUGGAUCUAUUGGACGGACUGGCAGACCAAGUCAAUCCAGCGUGUGGACAAGUACUCGGGCCGGAACAAGGAGACGGUGCUGGCUAACGUGGAGGGGCUCAUGGACAUCAUCGUGGUCUCCCCACAGCGGCAGACAGGGACCAAUGCCUGUGGCGUGAACAACGGCGGUUGUACCCAUCUCUGCUUUGCCAGAGCCUUGGACUUUGUCUGCGCCUGCCCCGAUGAGCCUGAUGGCAGGCCCUGCUCUCUAGUGCCAGGCCUGGUGCCCUCAGCCCCCAAGUCCACCAGCUCCAGUGAAAAGAGAUCCAUGGCACCCAACACCCCACCUACCACAUCCCGCUCCACGUCCAGGACCCACACAUCCGCGGAGGAAUCCGAAGAAAGCUGCUCAGAGAAAGACGGUCGCCAGGGCCUUUGUGCACAUUCCAAUGAGGCUGUACCUGCUGUUCCAGGGGAAGGGCUCCACGUCAGCUACGUGAUUGGCGGCCUCCUCAGUAUCCUGCUCAUCUUGCUGCUCAUUGCUGCUCUCAUGCUGUACAGACACAAAAAAUCCAAAUUUACCGAUCCUGGCCUGGGGAACCUGACCUACAGCAAUCCUUCUUACCGGACGUCCACUCAGGAAGUGAAGAUCGAAACCAUCCCCAAACCAGCCAUGUAUAAUCAGCUCUGCUAUAAGAAAGAGACUGGGCCGGAGCACACCUACACCAAGGAGAAGAUCAAGAUUGUGGAGGGGAUUUGCCUCCUGUCCGGCGGUGGCGACGAUGCCGAGUGGGACGACCUAAAGCAGUUACGAGGCUCGAGGGGGGGUCUCCUCCUCCGGGACCACGUGUGCAUGAAGACGGACACAGUGUCCAUCCAGGCCAGCUCCGGCUCCUUGGACGACACAGAAACGGAACAACUUCUCCAGGAGGAGCUAUCAGAGUGCAGUAGCGUCCACACCGCCACGGCCACCCCCGAGCGGCGCGGCUCACUGCCCGACACGGGCUGGAAACAUGAACGCAAGCUCUCCACCGAGAGCCGGGUCUAAGUGCCUAGAUUCCCCUCCUCCCCCCGGUGCUCCUCCCUCCCAGCCCUAGUGCUCACUUAAACGAGAGGCCCCGUCCCCUCCGGCCCUCCCUGUCCCUGUCCCCAGACUUCCCCACUGGAGCUGUUCUCACCAUUGUCCACACUCGCCUCUGCACCAGAAAUGAUGCUUCGCCCGGACCACUGAGAUCCAGACUUGGUCGCCGCUCCUGCCCUCUCUCACUCUCCUGGGAGCAGAGAGACUGACCCCUACCACAGCUCUCUGCAGCCGGGCCUGGUUUAACUCGUUCUUCAAUGCAGAUGUCCAGCCCACUCCCUUCCCUUAACACCCCGAGCUCAUCCUCAGAGACCCUGGCUCGCCCGUCAGUGCCCAUAGAGCUGUUCCUUGGUGGGCACUUGGCUGCCCGGCCAGUAGCUGGAGUAAGGUGGGAGGAGCGGGUGGAGGGAGACACUAAGGACAAGAGUGAUGAGAUAGGAAUGGGUGAGGGGUGAAGAGACGGCAGAUUUGGCCCAGCUGGUAUGGGCAUCCCGCCAGACCCCCAGUCUUUUGGAAAUACAGAAAUUUGGACAAAUCCAUUGCUGGCAACGGAUGGUAUCAGUAGGUCCCAAGAAGUCAUCGAUUAGGUCCCUAGAAGUCAGUCAGUAGUGAUACUUGCAAUUUCAGUUUUGAUGCUAUCUCUGGUUCUGCCUCGUGUGACCUCCCCCUCAUUGGAGGUCUUUGAACAAAGGCCAGAUGGCCACAGGAUGUAGAGGGAUUAGGCUAUUAAGUAGGGGCUGGACUGGAGGGGCUCUUGGGACCCUUCCAGCUCUGAGAUGUAAGGUUUCCAAGUCUCCAACCUCUCCUUUUUACCAGGACUUUGUUUUUGGUUCCAUCUGCCUUCAUGAUCCUAUGGGUGCCUGUCAUGAAUUCCCUGCUUACCAAACUUUUCCUGGUUCCAUUACUGGUCAGAAUCUUCUCCAGAGGAAGUGGGUCUUGGGGCAGUCUGUCAGGUCCCUGGGAUGACUUGGGUACUUUGACCCUGCGGUGUCCAUUGAGAAGAACCCAAUGGAUCUCUGUCCUGUCCUUUAAAAGUAUCCUCUGGCCUUCUCCAAAUGAACAUUUCAGGAGAUAACCAGAAGUCUCCCUGACUGGAAAGGUGGAUCAGCUAGGGUGGAGCUUGCAGUAAAGUGCUGAGGAAGUUCCAUCUCUGAAGUUCUCUCUAAACACCAUGAUUUAAGCCUGGAGCUGAUGGGAUGAUAGUGAAAGACCUUAUCUCAUCACAGCUUUUCAUGUUGGAGUGAAUUAAUUUAGCUGCCAGCCUAGAAGGCCAUCCCCUGGCAGGUACCCAUUCUCCCAGGAGGCAUUGAGCCUCAAUCUAGUGCCCGAGGGGCGGGAUGCUGGCAGGUACAUGGCACCACUACCCAACACCUCUCACUUCUGUCAGCUCUAGUCACAUGGCAUGGCUUUGUGGGAAGAGGGCCAUCGGAAAGGGCAAGUUUUUUCCUGUUUUAAAUAAAGGGCUGGGUAACAGGGAUGGCUGCCCUCAUCACCUCUUUGGUUCUGGGACCUGCCCCACUCUUUGGAGAAGUGGCAGACUAUGACCCGGCUCUCUUCAGUUGGGACCAGGUACCCAAAAGGUGGGACAGCAUUAGAAAGAACAGGACCAGGAGCCAGCAUGUGAGGUCCUAGCAAACCAUAGUAAGUGUCCUGAUGACUUCAGCCUAGAUCGUUGUUUAGGAGUCGAGUUUGGAAGGGGCUGGAGCAUAGGGGACAUCCCUAGUGGUCCUGCAGCCCAGCCAAGGAAGGGAGUUCUUUAUCUGUCUUGGGAGAGAAGCGUCAUAGAGGAGCUGGCAAUUUCCCAACUUGAAUAAUUCCCAUGACCUCCACCUUGUCUGACUUUGGCUCCCCACUACUCAACUAUUGAGAACACAGGGACCAGGUUGGGCUAAUUCUACCUUGGCCCAGGGUAGGCACAUAUUCCCUCAGUGUCCCCUCCCCUGGCUUGUUCCAAGAAUAGGCCAGACAGACUGCAUGGCCAGGACUGGAAGUCCUCUGAGUGUGGGAAACGGGGGCGGAAUAAGGUGCCACAAAGGCGCUGGAUUGCUCACCCAUGUCAUCCUCAACAGUGAAAGAAUAAGGUUUCCAGUUCUGAAGGGGAGGAAACUUUUGAUUGUUUUGGGGGGAAGGGGAGUGAGGAAACAGGUCCCAGGAAAAGAGAAAGAUCUCAUUGCACUUGGUCUGUGCAGAAUGUAGAGAGAACAUAUUUGAUGAAUUAUCUAUUUGAGCACUGAUUUACUAUGUAAAAAGCAAAAAAUCUCUUUGUCCUAAGCUAAUGGAAGCAAUUCUCCUGCGCUCAUGUGUAAUGGUUUUAACGUUACUCACUGGAGAGAUUGGACUUUCUGGAGUUAUUUAACCACUAUGUUCAGUAUUUUAGGAAUUUAUGAUAAUUUAAUAUAAAUUUAGCUUUUCUUAAUCA